AUGGUGCCCUCUUACAGCCUGGGCUGCCUGAGUGUUCCAGGCAUCCUGUCAUUCAGCAGAGAUCUUUCCUCGGUGCCUUCUCUGGAUUGGAAAAGCCUGACCCAAACAUUUGGAGAUGACAAGUACUCACUGGCCUGGAAGGAGGUGCUCACCAACAUGUGCUCCCGGCCCAUGCGGAUGGCACUGUACUUCUGCUCGGGGCUGCUACAGGACCUGGCACAGUUCGGGCACUAUGCGCUCAUCAUGCCCCUGUACACACACUUCACCCACAGGCUGCUUUCUGCUGCCCUGGGAGCUGGGUGCUGGGGCUAUAGGGAGCGACUAGACAUGGCGCCCGAUACCCUGCAGAAGCAGGCAGACCACUGCAACGACGGCUGCAUGGUGUCCAAGCACAUGAAGGAACUCAGCACUGGUCUCUUCUUUGCCAUUCUGGUCAAGGUGAGCCCUCCAGCCUGGUGCCCCUCACCUCCCUCUGGCUCCCGACCCUCCUGGGCACCUGCUCACCAGGAGGCCUCGAGGAGCCCAGGGCAGUGCCAGGAGGUGCCAUGGCUGCAGCACUGUCCCUGCAGGAGAGUGGCCCCCUGGAGUCAGAAGCCAUGGUGAUGGGCGUCCUGAAGCAAGCCUUCGACGUGCUGGUGCUGCGCUACGGUGUGCAGAAGCGCAUCUACU